UUCGCCCGCUUCAGUUAUAUUUUUCGUACAAAACAUGGCAAGACUUGGUUGCUUCACCCAUCUUUUACUUUUGUUGUUUGCAGCAUUUUUGCUGACCUCUGAGUCAAGUCUCAACAAAGCCGCCCCUCAGAGUUCCAGAGUUGCUGGCGUUUUCAUGCUUAAUCAAGAAGGAACAUACACCUUGAACUUCACUGCUGCCAGAGCAGCCUGCCUGCUUCUGAAUGUCACCAUGGCAACCAGAGCCCAGAUGAAGCGAGCAGUACAGCACGGACUGGAGACGUGCAGAUAUGGCUGGGUAGCUGAACAGAUUGCGGUUAUCCCACGAGUGAUAUCCAACAAAAACUGUGGACAAGGCAAAACUGGUGUGGUGACGUGGCAUGCAUCAGCAGAUACAAAAUUUAAUGUCUUCUGCUUUAUUGCAUCAGAUUUGGAGGAAACUGAGAAAACAUCAACACCCAGCACACAAUCCUUCACAUCUUCUGCCACACUGACAGCUUCAACUCAAACCUCAACACUUGCCACACCGUUGGUCAGAUCAACACCUUCAGUCAGAUCAACACCUUCGGUCAGAUCAACACCUUCAGUCAGAUCAACACCUUCGGUCAGAUCAACACCUUCGGUCAGAUCAACUACCAAGUCAACAAUAAAGCCGAUAAUAACUGAAUCCCCUGAGCAGACACCCUCAACUUCUUCAUCUGCUCUCCUGGUUGAGACAACGCCUUCAACUAGGAUUUCCUCCUCCGCUUCCUUUUCCCUUAAACCUUUCUCCACCCAUAUUCCUGCUUCUCUUCCUCACCUUAUCACCUCAAAACCAACUGUUGUUAGUUUUGCCUUUUCUGCUUCCGUUCAUACCUCCAAUUUCUCUGUUUCCUCCGAGUCAGUGCUGCCUCAGUCUGUGAGCUCUGCAAAACCUUCUCUAGGAGUUGUACCUACUGCACUCAUCAUUCUUGGCAUCAUUGUCCUGCUCCUGACAGCAGCAGGUGUUAUGUGGCACUACAAACUGAAUAUUUUGAGCUGUUGGUCUCUGCAGCAGCAGAGGGAUGACAUAGAGACAGAGAUGUGGAAACACACCGACAGUGAGAUGGAUCUACACAGCCAAUGUGCAGCAGAGGACGAUGAUGAGGAAGAAGAAUCGUACAGGAAGUACUCCAGUGAUAUUACGCUGUGUGUGCAUCCAGACAUCAAAGCAAACUUCUUGGAGUAGCUUUGAGACACUUGUUUAGGAGUUUUGGAAAUUAAAUGAAUGAAUAGCAGAACAACAUUGUUUCCUAAUGGAUGCCAGUCUAUGUCAGAAAUAAAUAGAAGUGCUUUGAUUGGUAUUUUAUGAAAGUAAUUGUAAAUAUGCACAUUUAGUACGUUGGAGUCACAUCAUGAGCUGCAGGACUCCUUGUUCUUCUUGUGGUUGAAGAUGGCUCGAUAUAACUUGUGGCCUUUCUGUCUAUAAACACAUACUGAGAUUGUAA